AUGCGCGGGAAGAGGAAGCGCGCAUUACGAGCCGGCGACGAAAUACAUCUGCCGGAUAACGUGGUUCCUCCGCGAAAUAAUCGCGGGCUCUGUCGUCCCGUCUUGCCUGAUGUGGUCGCGAGGAUGUAUCGCGCCGCCGUGGUUGGCCCGUUGGGGGGGUGGGCUGGCUGCGUUAGGCGAUCUCGCUUUGUAUGCGGCGGGAGAUAUAUUGUGUUCAGUUUCGUCAUCAGAAAAUCGAGAUUCGAUCGGGUUUACGAUAAAAUCGAGGCACCGAAGUUUGUAUACUUCACUGUGCCCGAUCACUACAGGCCCAAUGAUCGUUAUUGGUUUUGCCUUCGCGUGGGAUGUGAUCAAAAGCAUGAGGAAGAAAUGGAUUCUGAAGCAAUCUACAACAAUUUUGUUCUUCGGGUGAUGGCAGCCAGGAGUACCAAUGUAAGGCUUCGGAAAGCACUUGAUAGAAAUGCUUCAAGUGUCGUUAUCUUGCUUCUUGAGAUGACUGCAAUAUCUUCAACUAUGUUUUCCGGAACACCUAUCAAAUGCCCACUUUCAGCUCUCCCUAAAUCUUCCAAGCCAAGACUGUCAAGGAUGGCUGUCAUUUCAUUGAUUUCUAAGAAGAUGGCCGAGGACAACAAAAAGGUCGUCCGGCCCCUUUCGAAGCCUUGUUCUACACCGCUGACAAAGACAAAACCAAUUGCUGCAAAGUAUCUUACGACUCCAAGGAACAAAAAGAGCACAUCGGAUCAAAGUUCAUUUCAAAGUGUUCAGUAUCCAAAGCCUAUCAAUGUCGAAGUGCCAAAGAGUCGAAUAGUGGCAAAGGCUUUGGUUUUUCGCUCUCCGAAGAAGGCCACUAAGGUAAAGACAUCUGUUGAGCUGCGUAUACCUGUUUCAAAAUCAUGCCAAGGGAUGAACAGGCUUGAGAUUUCGAGUCAGAGAAAGCGUGUCUUGGGCUAUUCUUGCAACUCAUCGAAGAAGUUGAGUAAUAGUUCUUUGAGGAGACAGGUGAGCAGUCAGAAGUUGCAGCCUAAGCCUGAAAAACCUCUUCAAACUUGCAAAGUUCAAGAUGCUAAAUCUGAAAGAUCGACUAGAACUAAGAUUAAAGGACAGCUAUCUCAGCAGAAGGAGACUAUGAAUUGCUGGGAAGCAAUGCGACACAUAGCAUAAAGAAGAAAGAAAAUUGUGACAUUCGAAAACAGUUAGCUACAAAAGUCAUUGAAGAGUCUGGACUUCGAGAAUCUAGUCAUGAAGACGCAUGUAUGCGUUCAGCAGUGCCACCAGUGGCACAAUGCACAAUGCUUGGAUUCAGUCUCACUUGAUUGGUUAAAAUUUGAAGUUAGCCUUCUAGUUAGAAGGAAGAGAUGAUUCACGAUCCGGAGCUACAAAAGCUCAGGACAGUAAUGGUAACAAUGGAAACAAUUCUUAUGAAGGGGAACGGAGUCGACUUGACUAUGAGGAUGGAGAUGAUAAAGAAAAUGCUGCAGCCUCUGAUGAUAACAGGAUACCAAACACCAUUCUGAAGGAAAAUGGAGGAAAAAUCUUCGGAGUGCACAAGAAAUGUGACAAUGUUAGAAAAAAGGGUGCUCAACCACAGGAUACUCUGAAAGAGGGUUUGUGUGGUCCAGUGACUAAGCUGAAGAAACCAAAGGCCACAAAUCCUAAGCCAUUUAGACUAAGAACUGAUGAGAGAGGAAUCCUCAAAGAAACCAUCUUGGAUAGAAGAGUCGUCCCAACCCCCAGCUAGCCAAUGUGAAAAUGCAAAUGUUAAGUACCCCAGGUGGGAAGUUGCAGCAGAAAAGUUUAAGUGAUAUUCAAGUAAGCAUUUUUGUUUCAGGGGAAGAAGCUAACAAUGUGUAAGCAUGGCAGUAGCUUUUAAGGCUCCAAAACGGCAGGAGAGGUCAAAGUCAGCAGCGUCGAUGAAACCACAAAGUAAUAAAUCUAAGAGCAUCCGCAGCGGGAUGCUCUUCCGGACGGCGGAGCCGUGACGUCGGCACGGCGCUGCUCGACGCCUAGAGCAACGGUGACACAUGGCAUUUUCUGGUUGGGCGGUGACUGACACCCAAUCGCGCCCCCCGUGACCUGGCGUCCCGCCUUGCCCUGUAAUUUUUUUUUAAAUUCAAAAAAUCUGAAAAAUCAUAUUUAAAUAAUAAAAAAAAAAAUUCUCACUUCCCAAUAAAAUAUAUCCAUUUUUUCAUACCCAAAAUUCACAUUUUCAUCUAUACACCCCUAUUUCACCCAAAAUAAAAAAAGUCUCACACCACACCCGAAAACUCUCUCAAAUUCUCUCUCUCUCUCUCUUGCAAACAUGUCCGGCGAAUACCCCUCCGGAUGGAACCAUGAUUGGUUCGGCGGGUUAUCAUCGGCCUCGCCGGAUAUGAAUUUCUCGCCCCCUCCUCCUACCUAAGACUCGGGUAUUCCGGGUGGCUACCGACUAGACCUGCCCAAGGUUUACCAAACCGGCGGUUAACCGCGAAACCGGAACCGCGAGAAAUAUCCCGAAACAAAAUCGUGAAUUUUAGAACCGUGGUUCAAUUCAGGUUUCAAAAUUUUAGAACCGAAACCGCGACCGAACUGUCGGUUCCGAACCGCCGGUUAACCAGCAGAUUCAUAGUUCCGACACGAGACUCGAGGAAUCGCUACACCAAGUGACGUUUUAGCUUUUUGCAGACGGUUUGUUGACCAAAAUCGGCGGUUUAAUGAUAAAACCGACGGUUCCACGGUUUUGCACAAAACACCAUGCCCAAGCCCUUUUCAAUAAAAUUGUGGAUACAGUUUGUCGGCACAGCAGAUCAACUAGGCUCUACUUCUGGUCAUUUUUACUUCUUUCCUGAGUUGAUCCAGUCAUUCAUGCACUUACCGUUUUCUUCGUUUUAUAGCUUCUGCACACUCAAAUUCACCAUUCUUUUUGCACAUUAUUAGCCAUGUUAGUGCAAUAAACCCUGCAAAACCAUGCUUGUAACGAGCCCUAUCACACAUCCUUGGGGGCCAUCUUAAAAAAUUGUGUAGUAGUGACCAUGGUAGAGAGGAUACACAAGAUGACCUACAACCUCAACCCGGAGCUAUUUGGUGUUCAGUUCCUCUCGAAUGUAGGUGUCGUGGAACAAAAAGGUGGUGUACUUCAAUUCUAUGAAGUGACGAGGCCAGGGUCACAGCCGGCGGGGGCUAACAAGAAGAAAAGCAAGUAGAAGCAGGUGGAGGUGGUGGCAACUGAGACGGACGGAGAGAGAGAGAGAGACACGAGCAAGGAUUUAAGUAGCCCCAUCCAUUCUGCACACGCAAGAUGAAGCUGCCGUGCCUUCAACUUCCGCUGCAUCUGAAGCGUCCCCUGGACAUGCCUUGUGGAGCUGGUGGGACACCACGAUGACUGGAGGCCAAAAUGGAGGGGCUGGUUGAAAGGAUAGCCCUAAGUACUGAAAGAAUAGCCCUGCAAUCCGAGGCCCAGACGCAGUUGAUAACAUCCCAAACGGAGAUACAGAGGACAUAUGAUGUGGAUGUUAGGACAUUAGUCUUCUCAGUGCGAGAGAUGGUGUCUCUGAUGGCAAGCGAGUUAAUUCCGCAGGGCCAGAGGGCUGCCUAGUCUUUUCCAAGUAUGUUGGGUUCACUGGAGUUCGUCUUGGUUGGAUAGCAAUUCCGAAAGAGCUCCAUUAUUCUGAUGGUUUUCCAGUGGCCAAGGACUUCAACCGCAUAGUGUGUACUUGUUUCAAUGGUACAUCUAAUAUUGCUCAAGCUGGUGGUCUGGCAUGUGUUUCACCUGAAGACAUUAAGGUAAUUCCUUUUCGGUUUGCCUAUUUCAAAGUUAAAAUAACGUAAGCUAACAUCAAAAUUCAAAAAGCUUAAAGAUGAGUGAAAAAGGCAACAAACGGUAAAGCUAAAAUGAUGCUUGGAGCAAUGAGCAUUAGUCUGUCAUGUGCAGGCAAUGCAUGAGGUUGUUGGUUUCUACAAGUAAAACACAGCUAUCAUCGCCGACACAUUCAAUUUCCUCAGGUUUAAGGUUUAUGGGGGCAAAAAUGCACCAUAUGUUUGGGUCCACUUUCCUAGCCGUAGCUCAUGGGAUGUGUUCAGUGAGAACCUGGAGAAGACUAAUGUCGUCACCACUCUUGGAAGUGGUUUCGGACCUGGGGGUGAAGGGUUCGUCCGGGUCAGUGCUUUCGGGCACAAGGAGAAUGUUAUCGAAGCCUAUAGAAGAUUCAAGGAGCUGUACAAGUAAAGCUGAGGCCCCUCGGAUGAGUUCUUCUAGGAUCAAUCGGACAAUGCUUGAUCAAUCGGGUUAGUUUGUAAUGCUUGAUUUGCACUUAAUGACUAUUGUUUGGCGGGAUUCUACCUUGAAAAAGUAGUUUAAUUUUUUUUUUC